AUGGCACCCUCAAGCAUAGAUUAUAAUUGGGUAGCUACCGAGCUCGGCAGAUGGGAACGUGACAUUGAUGAGGCGGAGCAGCUCUAUACAACACUUGCAAGGCUGUUUGAAGGAACUGGGCGCACCUUUUUCGCAAUGACCGCUCAUAUCUCAUUUACGAUUGAUGGCGAUGACUCCAUGGAGGCGACAAGCCAACGUGUGAUCUCAGCAGUUCGAUUGGCAUGGUUACGGAUACGAUAUGAUCAUCCAACGAUUGCAUCCUGGGUUGAGUAUCAAGCGGAGAAAGGAAGAUGUCGCAAGAUCUACGAGACCCUUUCCACCAACAACUGUCAACAGGACACAUGGCUUAAUGAGACAGUUUGCCCCGUAUCUACCACGCAGACUAGUGAGGAAUGGUGCAAUUCCGACCCUCCGGUGCCCAGAAUACCCACUCUCUUUUUGGUCUACAACAAUGACCGGCCAUCUGGACAACCAAAAACUUUUAGUCUUGUCUUGCGCUCUCAUCACGAUAUCGUGGAUGGAAUUGGCUCUCUGCUACUGAUCAACAACUUGAUGAGAUAUGCUUCCGCGGCUUUUGAUGACCCGGCCAAUUUCUAUGUACCCGCCUUUGGCAGUGAAUGGAAAAACCUGAGCCCGCCGUUUCGGGUUGCGGCCUCACUGCCAGACCAGUUGACCACCGAAGAGGAGGAAAUACUUGAACAGACAAAGACGCAGAAGAAGCUUUGCUUGAAGGAUGUUGAGAUUGCAACAGUGCCGUAUGAUGUUACCAAGCUUGUGCCCGGAAUUCACCAGAGGGUAUCUUUGACGCUCACAUCUGAUGAGACCCAACGUUUGCUCGGCGCCUGUAAAGAAAUUGGGGCCAGUUUGACUCACGUGUAUCAUGCAAGCGCUGCUGUUGUGCUUUUCAGUCUACAAAAGAAAGGCCCUAAAGAGAGGAAAGUACGAUACGUGAAUUACUCUCUGAUCAACGAACGUGGGCAGUGCCAGGAUCCCUACAACUCUCCGUCGCAUGCUGUUUCCGUUUACCACUCAGUCUCGGGUCAAAGUCUCGUCAUUGACUCAAAGAUCCCUGCCGUUGGCGAUCUAGCACCAAGCCUCAAAGACGAGCUAAGUGAGCUUCGCAAGGUUAUCGAAGAGGUCAAAAAUUACUAUCAUGGUAUUCGAGACAAUAAAGGGCGCAUCAAUCUUGUGCCAUCUUACUGGGCUUUGGGAACUCCCGCUUACCCAGCUGGUCCUGGAAUCCCCCCUAUCCCGGCAGCAAAUAACAUACCUUCCGUUUCCAUCUCGAGCAUGGGUGUUAUUGACAAGAUCAUACAGGAGAAAUACGGGGCCAUGCAGCUUUACUCCCCAUGGGUUACCGGCGAAGAACUGGGAAAUGGUCUCGGGUUGUUCUUGGGGACCUUCCGCGGUCGCUUGGAGCUGAGUAUCGCUUACAACGAUGCCUGGCAUACCAAGGACGAAGCACUGUCCUUUAUUGAAAGAUGCAACAGUUUAGUGCUCCAGCUGCUGGGCGUGGGGUCUAAUUUUGUGUGA